GCUGCUAUGAUAACAGCUUUCUCCCAACGUAUUUUUUGCUGGAAUUGAUGAAUAAUAAAUAAAUAAAUAAAGGAAUGCGCGUUAACAUCUUCCAUUCACAGUAAUACCUCCAGCAGCCUCUAAAAGAAACCGAGUAGCAGUCCCUCGGGAGGGAGACUUUUUUGUUUUUCUUUUGAGAAUAGCGUGACGCUCAGACUCGUACUGUACAUGCAUUGAGGAGCCACAAACACUCCAUAUCUGUCCACGCAGCUGGAGUGACAUUUCUGUCACGUUUCUUGACUUUAGACUCUUCGGCUUUCACUUUUUAAAGUUUAAGACCGCAGUUUCAGUAGUUGAAAAGAUGGAAUUUGUUAUGUGAAUUUGUAUGUAUUGAAACUAAGAAAGCAGCACAGCUGUAUUACAUUUAAUUAAUGUAUUUUUAUUUUAUUUGUGUUAACUUUUCAUGCGUCAAAUGACAGUGCGGCGCAGUCACAGAUAAGCGCUCUGUACUUUUAAAUACACCGGGGGGUUGUACUGUGUACUGUACCUGAGGUGGAAAUCUGGAUUAACAGAUUUGUUAACAGAAGUGCAAUGGCUAACUAACGCGUUCCUCUAUACUGCGUUUGCGACGGAUUUACAGUGUCUGAUCCAUCAGAAAAACUCCCGAGAUUAAGAUGGUAGUGUGUGGAUGCUGCGUGGCGUCCUGGAGGAGAUGUGUGGUUGUGUGUCUCAGACUGCUGUUCCUUCUCCCCGCAGGUCUGCCUGUCCGCAGUCAAGGACAAUCCCAGUCCGAUAACAAACAGAUGGACAAUAUCACCGUCAGACAAGGAGAGACGGUCUUCCUCAGUUGCUCACAAGGGGACUUUGUGACACACACAGCAUGGCUGAACAGAUCGAGUAUACUGUAUGCAGGAGAGGAUAAGUGGUCCGUAGACCCCAGGGUGAGCUUGGUUACUUUCAACCAGGAUGAGUUCACCAUCAAGAUCGAGGAUGUGGACUUGGCGGAUGAAGGCCAGUACAUCUGCGCGGUGCAGACUAUCAGCAGACCCCGAACCACAUCAGUGCACCUGAUCGUUCAAGUUCCUCCAAAGAUUGUAAACUUGUCAAAGGAUCUGGUGUUGAACGAAGGCUCCAAUGUCACAUUGAUGUGUCUGGCCAGUGGCAGACCGGAACCUGCCAUUGUUUGGAGAAUGAUAUCACCUUCAGAUGAUGGCCUCAGCUCAGACACUGAGGUUCUGGAGAUUCCCUUCAUCACCAGACAGAGAGCGGGAACUUACGAGUGCACCGCAGCUAAUGACAUUGCUGUGGACACACAGACAGUUGAACUCACGGUCAACUAUCCUCCUAGUGUCUCAGAGGGCAGUGAUGUUGGCGUGACCCUAGGUCAGAGAGGCGUCCUGGAGUGUGAGGUAGAUGCUGUACCCGAGGCAGAUUUUGAGUGGUACAGAGAUGACAGGAGGAUCUUCAGUAGCUUUGAUGGUAUUGAGAUUGAGAAUGCCGGAGCACUUUCAAAGCUGACUUUCUUCAACGUGUCCGAGACAGACUACGGCAAUUACACUUGUGUUGCUAUCAACAAACUCGGGAGUGCCAACACAAACAUCGUCCUUUACGAAAUAAUUGAACCCACUAGUUCGACGCUAUUGCAAGUGGAGACUGCUUCUGUUUUACAAAUGACUUCAUCUGAUUUAGAGCAAACAGCCUUUGAAAAUGAGUUUUGGGAAGGGCCCGGAGCAGUUCAGGACGGCAACAGUGGCACUUCAACGAUGUUCACACCCACCUGUCUACUUCUCAUUGUUGUUCUACAACUGUUGCACAAGUUUUGAUGGUGAAGUCACAAAUCAUGCAUGGGUUACCAAAAUGCCCAAAAUGUGCAUGGGGUACCCAAGUACUUCCUUUUAAUUAAUAAUUAUAAUUAUUUGUUUUGUUUAUAAUAGAGUUUAAUAAUGUAACUUCUCUUACAUUGCUACUUAUCACACUCUUUUGCCCACCGAAUACAGUUUUGUAUUCACUAAAAGCAAACUACAAAGAGGCAUGUCUAAUUUUAAAUAUUUAACUUAAUUUAUUUUUGUGACUGUCAUUUUAAUUUAACUCUGUAACCCCAUAGGAAUCCAUAGAAUACUGUGUGAUAGGGAAGUACUUAUUACAUGUCAAAGGCAUGCGAUAACGAGGGCACAUGUCUUUGUUUAUGGAUAGUCAUUAUAUUUUUACUGUAUCAGAACUGUACAGCCAAACACAAUAAGCAGCAAAAAACACACACAACAGUUUAAAUGCUCUGUAAUAUUCACUUCAUGUGUGUUAUGAAUACUUUGUUCUAAGCUCUACUUAAGUCUGUCUCUGCAUAUUAAGCUGGGAAAGGAGAAAGUGUUUUGACACUGAAAAAGUGACAUACUUUAGCUUUAAUGACCAGAAUGACACAGUGGGACUAUGCAGAACCAUAUAUAAACUCAAUGAAGGAUGGUUUUAAACCACAAUGAAAUUGAUUUAGUUGUUGUUUUUAAGUCUAAAUGGCAUGACAAUUUAGGAAGCUGAAAAACAUGUGGAAUUUGAAGAUUUGGAGUUUCAAAAGUGCAACAAAACGUUUUUGGGAUCCAUUAGAGGGCCCACAAAACUGUCUGCUAAUACCUGUUAAUCACCUAUUCCAGAUGGACUUAACAACAAAAGCUUGAUUUUUGUUAACAUGGUGGUCUUUCAAAUCAUCUGUUGAUUUUUACAUUGAUUUUGUGCAUAUAAAUAAAUAAUUCGAGAAUUUUCAAGCACAUAUAUGUUCAUUAUAUCAACUUGGUCUCAUUGUAGUUCCUGCUAACAUGUAUGUAGGUAUGUACUGUAUGUAUGUAUGUAUAUGCAUAUAUAACUUGUACAAAGGGAAAAUAUGCACACUUGUUUUUACUAAAAUUGUGAAUCUGUUUAAAACAAUGCAACAAUUUUUUUUCUUCUAUUUUUGUUAUUCCCCUCAAUGUAAUUUAUUUCUGGCAAAGGUAUUAUGGUUUCCGCAUUAGGUAGACACGCAGUUGAAAUAUUAUAAUUUCAGUGAUUCAUUGUGGAGUGUUUAAAUAUCGUGCUUUGGGAACCAUCAGAUGAGGCAUAUUUACCAUGAUCACAAGCAUACUGUAUGUCCCAUUACCAUUCGUAUUCUAAAAAAAGUGAGAUUUUGAAAAGUCUCUGAAACUUAAAAUAACAACAAAAUAGAAAGAACCUCCCAAUGCUGUGUGAGAAUUUGUAACAGCUAACUUAAAAUGGCAACGUAUAAAUGCACUUUAUUAUCAGAAACACAGGAACAAGGCUUUUCAGUGCAUGGCCAAUUCCCCACCAAUGGAUCUUUAAACAACCAGCCUCUAGAAGUUCACUUUUUUCCACUACUCUCUAGUGGUUCCCUGGAGAGGAACAAAUUUAACAAGUUUUUGAACUUGUACUGUAAAAAAUUGUUGCGUCAUAUGUUUUUCCUUUAAUGGAGAUUGUGUGUUCAUAUUUAAGACUUACAAAAAUAAAAUGU